ACUUGUUUAGGUUUACAUGUACAUAUCUAUGACAACUACUUCUAACACUACUUUUUAAUAUUGCAAAGUUGAUUAAAGCUUCAUCAUCAUCACAAUUUCCAUUUGUUUUGACCCCUUACCUCUCAUCCAUUUUGAUUUCUUCUUCUUCUUCUCUCUCUCUCUCUUCACUAAUUCUAUUCUAUUUUAACUCUAAAGUGUUUCCAACUAUCACAUUCACUGGUUUCUUUUUUUUCUCAUUGUUUAUUUUCUCUCUUUCUAUUUUCUUUCUUUUUCAUGGAUUUGGUUCUUUCUCACCUUAUAUUCUUGGAAUACCCUCUUCAGUUAUGGAUACACUCAUGCUGUUAAAUUGUAAUUCUAUAACCACCAACAUCACCGUCAUCACCUUGAUCGUCAUCAAACUUGAAUCAUCAUCACCAUGGGCCUUUUACCAAUAGAGUUUACCGAUUGCCUUACAGAUUCACCUUAUUUCAGGGAAAAUCUUCAUGCUCAUGAAAGAGAAUUGGAUUGUACCUCACAACAAAUCAAAGGAUUAAUACGAGAUGUUAAUCAUCUAUUACAAGCGGCUUCAGCUCUUUCAGGUGCCCAAAGAAAAUUGGCCAAUAGUUUGAGUCAUUUUAAAUUUGAAUGUAUCGGUGGAUCACAAACCGAUGAUGAAAUUGUCAUCGCUCGUUCCCUCAAAGAGUUUGGACGUUAUCUAAAUUCAAUUGAAGAUGAAAGAGAUCGAAUGCUUGACAGAGCCUCAGCGACCUUUAUAAAGCCGAUUGAAAAUUUUCGCCGUGAUCACAUUGGAAGUGUUAAAGAAGGAAAGAAAAAAUUUGACAAAGAAACAGCAAAAUUUUGCCAAAGCUUAGAAAGGCAUUUAAAUUUAUCCACCAAAAAAAGUGAAAAUCACCUUCAAGAAGCUGAUGCCACCCUGUUGAUGGAACAGCGUCAUUUCAUUUCGGCCUCACUUGAAUAUGUCUGCAAAUUACAAGAAGUACAAGAAAGAAAAAAAUUCGAAUUCGUCGAAACUAUUCUAAGCUUCAUGUACGGUUGGUUAACAUUUUAUCAUCAAGGCCACGAAGUUGCCCAAGAUUUUAAAUCAUUCAUGAGAGAUCUACAAAUACGCCUUCAAAGAACCAGAGAAAACUAUGAAGCCACACAGAAUGAGACCCAAAAUCUAAUGAAGAAGAUGCUUGAAGUACGAAAAAAUAAACCUCAAGAUCCCGGUUCUUUGAAUAAAAUGUACACCAGAGAAGGUUAUUUAUUUCUAAUGGAAAAGAAGGCUUUUGGUACAACUUGGAUUAAAACAUUCUGUCAAUACCAAAAGGAAUGCCGUCGAUUUACAAUGAUUCCAUAUAAUCAAACUGUUGGUAAAAUUGGUAAUAAAGAGACUGUGACCCUGAAAGAAUGUAUUAGACGAAUGUCCGAUUCCAUUGAGAAAAGAUUCUGUUUUGAUAUAACACCAGUCGAUAAACCGGCUACCUAUACAUUCCAAGCGCUAAGUGAAGAGGACAGGAAAUUAUGGCUCGAUGCCAUGGAUGGUAAGGACCCGAUUCAAUUGAACAGUGUCACUAGUACCCAAGGAGGAGGAACGGGUGUUCUAGGAAAGGGUCAAACAAAUGUCCAGCAGGAGCAAUAUCAGUUGGAUGAUUUGGGUUUUGCUUUUGUGAGAAAAUGUAUACAAGUCAUUGAAUCUCGGGGAUUAGAGGAUCAAGGAUUAUAUCGUGUUGGCGGUGUGAGCUCAAAAGUAGCCAAAUUAAUGCAGCUUGCUUUGGAUAGAAGAAAAUUAAACUCUGAUGGUGAAUUAGUUCUUGAAGUGGAUAAUUCAGAUGAAUGGGAAAUUAGAACAGUUACCAGUGCAUUGAAAAACUAUUUUCGCAAUUUACCUGAGCCAUUGAUGAGUUUUAAGUUUCACAAUUUUUUCAUCGCUGCAGCAAAACAAGAAAAUAAGGAUAAAAGAAUCGAUGAUAUUCACGAUUUGGUACAUAGAUUGACGAAACUCAAUUUUGAAAUGUUACAUUUGUUGAUGACACAUUUGGCGAAAGUUGCCAAUAACUCACAGAAAAAUCUAAUGAAUGUGUGCAAUCUUGGUGUUUGUUUUGGACCCACUCUAUUAAGACCAGAGGAAGAAACUGUUGCCGCAAUCAUGGACAUUAAAUUUGGUAAUGUGGUUGUCGAGAUUCUCAUUGAAAACUGUGAUAAAAUUUUCACCACCAAACCUGAAAUGAACAAAGAUCAAGCAAUUUAUCAACACUCUCAUUAUUCAAUUGCAUCAGUGGCUCCAAGUAUUAAUUAUCCGAUGCCAGAAAUGAUUGAUUCAACCAACACUCAAGGAAACUCUAAUCUUUACAUGAGAGUCGGUGGUGUCCCACCUUAUCAUGACUCGAAUUCUGUAAAUUUAGCUGGAACCUAUGCAACGGUACCUUCAAGAGGUGGAAUCACAUCUAAUUCAGUUCACCGAAGUAGUAGUCACGAUCAAUUGUCUCAACAAGUACAAUAUCGGCCAAUUGUCCGGCCAACAAUUUAUAAUUCAAAUUCAACAACUCAUCCUCCUUCCGGUAUUACAUCAUAUCCAUCUCAUCCCAACAUGUAUCAACAAACAUCUCACCGAUUACCAAUCCUUUCAAAUCCUAACGGACCUCAGGCCAAUCGAUCGAUUCGUCCGUUAGCUGUUUUCAAUCCAUGGAAUAGUCAACCAAAUAUGAUGCAACAUAACAUGGAAAACAAUCCAAGGAAACCGCGACUGUCAACAACGUCCGAAGGUCAAGCCAAUCAGCAGAACAUUUCUAUGGUUGGACCACAGCCUCUUUCCAAUAGUCCAAGAUCGUCACCUUCAUCUAACACUCUGAUUUCUUCAUCUUUUAAUCCAUGUGGUGGUGGCGGUGGGAAUGGAAGUAUAAGUAGCGGCGGAGGAGGAGAAUUAAAACAAUCAUCAUCUCAACAUUCAUUUAAUAGCAAUAAUUAUCCAUCUAAUUGUGGGUCAUCACCUCACAGCAAUACUGACACUCCAACGGGUCGUAAGGUCAGAACACUUUAUGCUUGUGUUGGUGAAAACGCUACCGAGUUAACAUUCGAGCCGAACACUUUGAUAUUCAAUGUUCGACCCUCAAGAGAACCCGGUUGGCUCGAAGGGACUUACAAUGGUAAAGCGGGCCUAAUACCGGAAAAUUAUGUCCAGUAUGUUGAUUAACUUUCUGCUCAACUUACAUGGUGAUCUGAUGUGUGACCUAUUCAACUAUGGGAUAAUCACUAACUCUAUUUUCAAAAUAUUUUGCUACCUCUUGAUUAUCCUUCUAAUUGGUUACCUGAUUUCAUCUUCAAUGCUGAUUACGUUGUUUUAAUCCUCGAAUCUAAUUCCAAGACAAAUUGAUGAUAUCAAGCAACUAAUAGAAAGAACAAAUAAGCAAUUAUAACUGAUGGAAAUAAAUCAAUCAACGUUGAUUAAACAUUUUACCCAAAACUUCAAUGAGAAAACAAACAAACGACCAAAAUCUGAUGGAAAACAAAUUUGGUACCCAAACCAUUUCUACGGCACUUUUGGAGGCCAUUUUUAUUUUUGCUAUUUAUGAAUAAGAAAACAAAUAGAUUUAUAUUAUAAUGCUAUUAUAUGUAAUUGAUUUGAUUGUAAAACAUGAAUAUUAUUUAAUCAAAUAAGCAAAAAAAAACAGAAAGAAGAUAAACAAAUGAUGAAACCAAAGGGGAGCUACAAAGUUUUUCCAAAUGCAAAUGUAAUCAUAAUCAUAAUCAUCUAAUUACCAUUUACAUUUUGUGAAUAGUUGAUCAUUAAUUGUAAGCAUUUUGAUGCAUCUUCCAUUUUCUCGAUCUCAUCUUUAUUUGUUUUCUCUGAUUAACUAUCUUCAUCUGAUGAUCAUCAUUAAGGAAAAUCAACUGAUCAUUCAUUCCCUCCCUUAAUUCAUGCAAACACAAUUAAGCAAAAAAAAUACAAAUUCUUAUAAAAAACAAAACAGCAACAACAAUAAUUUGACCCAAACAAAACGAUGCUAUAAAUAUAAACAAUUUACGCUUAACAAGCCAAUUUAAAUCUAAACAAUCAACACAUAAUUUGUAUAAAUGUACUUUUAUAAUUAACUUGAAAUCAAUUGAAUAUAAAAAAACAUAAAAUUUUCUUCAA